AUGUCGGCCAGUCCUCAGUUGUCCAUAGAGUCCCUGCCAGCCUGGGCCACCCUGCAGGAUGUGAAGCUUCAGCAGGUGGGCAUGCGCCACAUCGACGGCAAGGGCUACGGACUCGUGGCAGAGGGCGAUCUGAGUGCUUCAGAAAAUCUAGAUGAUUCUUUGGAAAUUAUGAGAGUCCCUGCGGACCUUGUGUUGUCGGGAGCAGCCGUUGAAGAGUACGCCAAGGUCGAUCACAACUUCAAACAGCUCAUGGAGGCAGUUGGCCGAAAGUCGACCCGACUAGACAUUAUGAUUUACCUAUUGGUGCACAUAGUCUCAGGCAGGCAUGCCGGGGACAAGACGAGACGCUGUGUGUCAAGUCCGUGGAGUGAAUACAUCAAGUUUCUUCCAAGAGACAUCCCCGUCCCCACGCUAUGGACAGAAACUCAUCAGCUGCUACUCAGAGGAACUUCAUUAGAGGACGCCCUGGAAGCCAAAGUUGCCGCACUAGAAAGUGAAUUCGACACGCUGCGGGACACAUCCGCAACACUGACGUUUUGGAACCAGCUACUCUGGGAGGCCGACGGAGCCAAGCUGUCCGACUGGCUCCUCGUCGACGCCUGGUACCGGUCCCGCUGUCUGGAGCUCCCGCACGCCGGCGAGGCCAUGGUUCCCGCGCUCGACAUGGUGAACCACUCCGGUGGCGGCAGCGCCAUGGCGUACUACGAGGAAGAGACCGGCGGUGACGUGUCGCUGCGCAUCCGACCAGGCGCCCAUGUCCCCGCAGGAAGCGAAGUCACCAUCUCCUACGGCGACAGCAAGUCGGCGGCCGAGAUGCUCUUCAGUUAUGGCUUCAUCGACACGACGACAACGAAGCGGCAGCUGACGCUUCGCCUCAACGACUUCCCGGACGAUCCGCUCGCCUUGGCUAAGCGGCGCGUCUUUGGCAGCGCAGCCCGCGUCGUCACGAUACGCCAGGGAGACGGCGACACCGCGCCAAUGUGGGAAAGCGGCUUCGUGCAUCUCAUGUGCCUGAACGAGGAGGACGGGCUCGAGUUUCGCGUGCUGCAGGACGACGCGGGCGGCAGGACGCUGCGCCUGUUCUGGCAGGAGGAGGACGUGACGGCGCGCGCGCACGAGUUUGAUACGCUCCUCCGGGACCAUCCGCUCGCGGCGCUCUUCCGGCUCCGGGCCGUCACGGUGGUGCAGGAGCGAGCGGCGAGCCAGCUGGAGAAGCUCGCGGCCGCUCCCAGUGGUGCGCAGCUCGAGGCCCUGGUGGUCGCAGAGGUUAUCGACCAGGCUCACGUAGACUUGGUGGGCUCCCUCCGGGAUAUUGAGCAUUCUAUACUCCAGGACGCGGUGGCGGAAUUCGAAGAAGAGAGAUCCCAGCUUGUCGAGAACGAAACUGUGGUGGCGUACUUGAGGUCGAUGGAAGAUGGUCAGAAUCAACCGGAACAGUACGACGCAACCGCGCCAGCGGACGACGGAGACAAUGAUGACGACUUCAGCUAG